AUGAGUGAUAGUGGAUCAACAAAUUCCGAUACAUCAUUAUGCUCCUCCAAAAACACCAAUUGUUAUCGCAAUUUAGAAUAUGAGGAAAAGGAAGCACCGAUUGAUGAUUCGACAAGUACUUUCGGAUCAGGAACAAUUUCAGUUAAGCGCGAUAUUAAGGAUGAUAGUUUGUUUUCAACGGAAAUUACUUCGGAUACGGUAAAUCCUACUAGGUGGAAAAAUGACUGUCAUUCGAAAUACUGUAGUGAAAAUGAAGGACAAAAAAUUAAUGGUAAUACCAAUCUUGAGAAUAAUGUUCAAUUUAUGGAAAAUUUGUCACACGAAAUUUCUCACUUUUCAGCGAAUCAAAUUUUAUUGGAUGAAACAAAAGACCAAACGUCAUAUAUUGUGCCAACGUUAGUUGCGGAUAACACUCGUCGACGUCAAAUGUCAAGUUAUGAAAAAAUGAUGGCAUUAACAUGCCAAAAAUGUGGACAAAAGUAG